GAUGUAAAAAAAACAAAAGCAAAAAUCGGAAGCGCGCGGACGAAGCACCGAGCGCGCUUCCGGCGAUUUAAAACACGUUUCGCGGUAAAAGUAUUUCAAGCCAUUUGACCGUGCUGUCCUUACUCCGAUCACAAUAUUACAAAAGACCCAACAACGAUUUCCCUUUUUCUUAAUUUUUGUGGCCAUUGCAUUAAUUGCAUUUGCUCUUGUAUGCUUGCCGUAACCCUGUCUCUGCUUCCACAUUUGCUAUCCCUCCCGCCAUUAUCCAUGUCUUGAGCUUUUUCAUCAGUGCGACAACGUUUGAGGUUCAAAAGAAGGGAAAAGAAAGUCAAAACCUCAAAACCCUCGAACUUCACUUUGAAAAUCAUCGGUGUUUUAGUCAAAUGGGGAUAAAAGACCUCCUCAGGUUCAUGAAGCCCUACAUUGAGCCCAUUCACAUCAAGAAAUACGCCGGCGAACGUGUGGGCAUCGACGCGUAUAGUUGGCUCCACAGAGGAGCUUAUUCUUGUAGUAUGGAGAUUUGUCUUAAUUCUAAUAGUGAUAAGAAAUGGCGAUAUAUAGACUACUGUAUGCAUAGAAUCAAUCUGCUUCGUCACUAUAAGAUAGUCCCAGUUGUUGUUUUCGACGGCGGGAAUCUUCCGUGCAAGGCAGUCACUCAGCAAGAGAGGCACAGAAAAAAAGAGAAAAACAGGGAAUUAGCAAUGGAGAAGCUGAAAGAAGGGAAUAUUAAUGCUGCCUCUGAGCUUUUCCAGCGAGCAGUGAACAUUACUCCAUCCAUAGCAAAUCAACUCAUAAAGCUUCUUAGAGAACACAACAUCGAAUUCGUCGUAGCCCCUUAUGAGGCUGAUGCACAGUUGGCAUAUCUUUCCAGCCUCGGAACACAAAACGGUGGAAUUGCGGCUGUGAUCACAGAGGAUAGUGACAUGAUUGCAUAUGGUUGUAAAGCUACAAUCUUUAAGAUGGACCGAUAUGGCAAUGGUGAAGAGAUGAUGCUGGAUAAGAUUUUUAACUCUGCUAGCUGUACACCUUCCUUCAGAGAUUUUGACAAGGAAUUGCUGACAGGCAUGUGUGUCUUAGCUGGCUGUGACUUUCUUCCUUCUGUUCCUGGAAUCGGCAUCGCAAGGGCUUACGCUCUGGUCUCCAAGCAUCGGAAUCUGGAACAUGCUCUUUCUGCUUUGAAGCUUCAGAAAAAGGAGAAAAUGCCUGAAGAUUACUUCAAACUUUUCAGACAAGCUAUGGCAGUCUUUCAGCAUGCACAAAUUUAUGAUGCUGAAACGAGGAAGCUCAUACCCAUGAAGCCGCUUCCCUUAGAGCUUCUGCAGGCCCUAGAUGAAGAAAUUGAUUUUUUGGGACCAGAUAUGCCUCCUUCAAUAGCUGUUUCAAUAGCCGAAGGAAGGUUAAAUCCCGUAACUAUGGAGGCCUUUAGCUAUUUCUCGAGUGAAGAAUGUAGCCAAGACCUUAUAAUAAAGAAUAACGAAACACUUCCAAGGACGGAGAAAGCUGAGGUAUCUGGGAAGGAGAGCUGUUUUAUGGUCGUUGGUAAGGACAGAGAAAGACAUAUCCCAGAUAAGAGAAUUAAACCUGUAGCAGGCUAUAAGAAUUCUAAAGAAGAAUUUGCACUUGAGAAGCUAAUUACACCGUCGAGUGUUCCAAGAACAAAUGAAGACAAACCUGUUCUUGGCUACAAAUCAAUAAAGACUCCGGAUAACAAUCCAUUCAAGAGAAGGAAAGUUGAUGAAUUGCCCUUGGAUCUAGCGCAAAGGGUUGAUGAAGAAGUUUCAGUCGUAAGUGAGGAUGAAUGUGCCUUAUUAUCGUGCGCCACUUCAGAUAACUUAAUAUCAAAAUCUUCUAAUAAAAGAAAACUAAAUGAAGCUCUCACUGGCCAAAAGGACAACGCUACUGAGCAUAUAUCAGGGGUAACCCAAGAAGAGGAUUCGGUGCUGUUAGAACUGCCACCAGAAUCCCAAAAAAGCAUAACCGCAAAGGCAAGCAGUGUUAUAGGUAGAAAAAGAGUUGUAGGCAAGGAGAACAAGGUAAAAAGUAGUUCAGGGAUUCCAAAGAAUAGUAUAUUGAACUUCUUCUCUAAAGUAUUAUCAUGUAAAUUUCUGUCUUGACAAUCCAUUCAGAAUUUCUACUAGGGAAAUCUUGUGUUUUUGCAUUAAUCCACUUGAGUGUAAUUUUUCUGAAUGGAUUGACCGUCGCAAUCUUCUUAAA